AAGGUGAUUUUAAUUCAAAAUCUUCUGGAGGGGCUGUUCUCACUGUGGAUGCAGGUCGUCAAACAAACAAAGCACAAAUGAGAUCAUUUUCUCUCAUUUCUCAUUUGAAGGACAUGACACAGUACAAGGCGAGAGAUGUGUGGCGUAGAUGAAAUUGCAACUUCCUGUUAAGAAAGGGCCUUAACGCAAAGCUGAAGGGGAGAGUGUCUCUGGCACUGCUCUGCUGUCUCUAGACCCUAAAAACAUCUUAAGGAUUUUUUUGAAGGUGAACACUCACCAGCAACAGGACCGACUGAUUAGACGCAUAAGAACACGACAUAUGGUGUCUUAGAAGAGGCGUUUGAACCCUUGGAUAUGGCGAGAUUUUUUGCACUAGGACCCUUGGUAUUGGUCCUAUGCUUGGUCUUAUGUUCAGCAAAAGACAAUCAGUCAAUCUCCUCCACUCUCAUCUCUACAUCAAACCCACCUGCACCUGCCACAGAAGAAUCAACACGGAACAAUAACGUCACUCAGUCAACCUCCACUCUCAUCUCUACAUCAAACCCACCUGCACCUGCCACAGAAGGGACCAGUUCUACACUGAAACCGACUCUGACAGUCUUACCCUCACUCACCCCCUCACAACAACACGACACAGGGACCAGUUCUACACUGAAACAGACUCUGACAGUCUUACCCUCACUCACCCCCUCACAACAACACAACACAGGGUCCAGUUCUACACUGAAACCGACUCUGACAGUCUUACCCUCACUCACCCCCUCGCAACAACAUGACACAGGGGCCAGUUCUACACUGAAAAUGGAUCUCACAUCAGUCUUACCCUCACUCACCCCAUCGCAACAACACGACACAGGGACUAGUUCUACACUGAAACAGACUCUGACAGUCUUACCCUCACUCACCCCCUCACAACAACACAACACAGGGACCAGUUCUACACUGAAACAGACUCUGACAGUCUUACCCUCACUCACCCCAUCGCAACAACACAACACAGGGACCAGUUCUACACUGAAACAGACUCUGACAGUCUUACCCUCACUCACCCCAUCGCAACAACACAACACAGGGACCAGUUCUACACUGAAACAGACUCUGACAGUCUUACCCUCGCUCACCCCAUCGCAACAACACAACACAGGGACCAGUUCUACACUGAAACAGACUCUGACAGUCUUACCCUCACUCACCCCAUCGCAACAACACAACACAGGGACCAGUUCUACACUGAAACAGACUCUGACAGUCUUACCCUCACUCACCCCAUCGCAACAACACAACACAGGGACCAGUUCUACACUGAAACAGACUCUGACAGUCUUACCCUCACUCACCCCCUCACAACAACACGACACAGAGAAGAGUACGGAAAGUAAUAACUGCACAUCAACCUCACCCUCACGCACCUCCUCGCAACAACACCCCACAAAAACCACUGCAGGGACUGAGGCCACCUCAUCUCCAAACACCAACAUCACGCUUCUCACCUCCACGCAAUCCAUCUCAACCUCACCCGCACUCACCACCAGCAUGGGUACCACAAAAAAUUGUGAAUACACCGUUACACGGACUGAGAAAGAAGCAAUAGUCCAUGUGUGGAAUGUGAAUGUCAGUGACUCCAAUAACCAAACGUACACAAUCAGGUUAAUGGAUCAGGAUACGACUGUGUUUAACCAAAAAGGAUCUUCUCCCUUCAAAAUACUGUUGACGAGUUUAAAACCAUGCACCAACUACACUGUUGAAGUUGAUGACUGUCAGCUCAAAGAUGAACCUAUUAAUUUCCAAGUCGAUAAAAGCACACGCCAUUCUGCAAAAAUUGAGGAUGAAAAAGUGUGUUUUACAGAUGACAGAUGGAAUCUGACAAAAUGUUUUACUAUAAGCAAUGAAACAUCCUGCAAAGAUAUGCCCAUUCCCUUUAACUUAGACACAUGCACCUACACAAUGGAUGUCCACAUGCCCCCAGUCAAACCUGAAAUAACCUUCAGUCAUACUAUCCCCACUAUGUUUAAGUGGAGUAACAAACCAGAUCAAUGUGAUGAUAGCAAAUUUAAGGUCAAUUGCACUGAUAAAAAUUCAAAGACAGAAACACAUCACUUGAAUAAGAAAGUCUUUUUGGUGCCUUCCGAAAUGUACAGCUGCACUGGACAAUACGAAUCUAACAAUACGUUCAUUGAAAGCAAUCCAAAACAAAUUAACAUCAGUUGUGAUUUUACAAAUAAAACUAAAGUACUUUCAUUGAACAACAACUUAAUUGAGAUUGAAUGGAAGCUAUCCCCUGGAAAUAAUUGCUCAGGCAUUCACUUCCAUUUUUCAGGCAAUUGUACAAACAGUUACGACCAUGGAAAAAAACUAAGAUGUGACACAUCCAAACCCACUAAAGUCUGCAGGAAUGAUGAGUUACAUGCAUUUACCAACUACACAUGCAAUAUUUUGGCCAAUUCCAAUAUCAGUGAUGACUUUUUUUAUAGCAUCUCUCAUUCCAUAAGAACACUUCCUCACAAGCCCAGUUUUACACAGAAUGAUGUGAAAGUAUCGGAAACAUCUCACAAUUCUUUCACUGUUAGCUGCAAGAACUUGAAGAAAGACGAAUGGAAUGGACUUCCCGGAAAUUAUAUAGCCAUAAAUAAAAAUUCACAAGAAGUUAAAAAUAAGACGCACUGUUCAUUUAAAUUUGACAAUCUUUACUACCUCACAGAAUAUACUUUUGAGAUAAAAGCCAUGAAUGGUAACCUUAAUGAGUCCAGUGUUACAAUUACCAGAUCCACUAGGUAUAAUGAUAAGGGUGUCAUUGGAUUCUUGGCUUUCCUCAUCAUUAUGACGUCACUUGCCCUCCUUUUUGUGCUGUACAAAAUUUUCCUGCUCAAAAGAAAACGGAAUGAUGAAGAUGAAGAGAUUCUUCUUACACAACCCUUUGGUUUUCCAUCUCCUCUCCUAGAACCCCUGCGCCCAGUUGAGCCCAUCUACGCAGACAAUUUAAUAGAAGCUUACAAGACCAAGAUUGCUGAUGAGAGCCGUCUGUUUAUGGAUGAGUUUCAGAGCAUUCCCCGAAUUUUCUCCAAUUACACCAUCAAAGAGGCGAAGAAACAAGAAAACCAGUCCAAGAACCGCUACGUUGACAUUCUGCCCUAUGACUAUAAUCGUGUUCCUCUCACAACUGGAGGUGAACGUGAAUACAUCAAUGCCAGCUUCAUCGAGGGAUAUCAAGAGCCGAAGAAAUACAUUGCAGCCCAAGGACCAAAAGAUGAGACUAUUGAUGAUUUCUGGCGAAUGGUUUGGGAGCAAAAGUCAUCCAUUAUUGUCAUGGUCACCCGUUGUGAGGAAGGAAACAAGAUCAAAUGCGCUCAGUAUUGGCCAUCUCUGGACAGAGAGACUGAGAUUUUCGAAGAUUUUGUUGUGAAAAUUCGAGCUGAGGAACACUGCCCUGAUUAUAUCAUUCGCUAUCUGGUCCUGGCCAAUAAGCGAGAGAAAGCCCCAGAAAGAGAGGUCACUCAUAUCCAGUUCAUCAGCUGGCCUGACCACGGAGUGCCUCAAGACCCCAGCCUGCUUCUGAAGCUCAGGAGAAGAGUCAACUCCUUCAAGAACUUCUUCAGCGGUCCGGUCGUGGUCCACUGCAGUGCAGGCGUCGGCCGCACAGGAACCUACAUUGGCAUUGACGCAAUGAUUGAAAGUCUCGAGGCGGAGGGCAGAGUGGACAUCUAUGGAUUUGUAGCGAAACUACGUCGCCAGCGUUGCCUCAUGGUUCAGGUUGAGCCCCAGUACAUACUGAUCCACACCGCUCUGAUAGAGCACAACCAGUUUGGAGAGACGGAGGUCCCACUGUCUGAAUUCCACUCGGCGCUCAACACCCUCAGGCAGAAAGAUGGAAGUGACCCCAGUUUGCUUGAAAUGGAGUUCCAGAAACUCCCCAAAUUUAAAAACUGGAGAACAUUUAACACAGGAGGCAGCGAGGACAACAAGAAGAAAAACCGCUACUCGUCUCAUAUCCCAUAUGACUUUAAUCGAGUCCUGUUUAGACUUGAAAUUGAGGGCAACCAGACCAGUGACCCUGAGGAUGAGGACGAGUAUUCAUCAGACGAGGAAGAAGAAUCUAAUGAAUACAUCAACGCUUCAUUUAUUGAUGGCUACUGGUGUCAUAAGAGUCUGAUCGCUGCACAGGGGCCUUUACCAAACACAACGGAGGAGUUCCUGCUCAUGCUGUAUCAGCAACAAUCUAAAACUCUGGUCAUGCUCACCGACUGCCAAGAGGACGGCAAGGAUUAUUGUUCUCAGUACUGGGGAGAUGAAAAGAAAGUGUUCGGAGAUAUGGAAAUAGAGGUGAAAAAGACAGAAAGCUUCCCAGCAUACGUCAGACGGCACCUGGAAAUACAGUCCACAAAGAAGAAAGACAUCUUGAAGGUGGAUCAGUACCAGUUUCUGAAAUGGAGAGGCACUGAACUUCCUGAGAACGCUCAGGAGUUAAUAGAGAUGAUGAAGAGCAUCAGAGAGAACGGAAAUUAUGACAACAGCAAAAUGAACCGGAGCAUCCCUAUAGUGGUGCACUGCAACAAUGGAUCGUCACGCACUGGAAUCUUCUGUGCCUUAUGGAAUCUUAUGGACAGCGCAUUGACGGAAAAGUUGGUGGAUGUCUUCCAAGAGAUCAAAAACUUGCGCAAGUUUAGGCAGGGAAUGGUGGAAACAUUUGAGCAGUAUCAGUUCCUCUACACGGCUAUAGAGGGCGCCUUCCCGGUGCAGAACGGUGCCAUUAAGACACCAACUGCAACCGACAGCGCACAGGUCAUCAACGAAACGACGGCGCUCCUCACCAAGGCCAACAGCACUACCGGUGCUGACCAGAAGGAGGCGGAAGACAGCAAAGCCACGGAGAGCAGCGAACAGGAAGCCACGGAGAACAGCGCUGCCACGGAGAACAGCACUGCCGCGCCAUCACCAGCAGAGGGAGACGGCGAGAAAACCACAACGGAGGGCCCCACCAACGGCCCUGCUGCCACCACCACCGUAGAGGUUUAGGCCAGUUUUGAGCUAAAAUGUUUUCUCUGCAUUUGACACCAAGUGUCUCAAAAAGAUUUAUACAAGUUGUUAUCAUGCUUUUGUUUUCUUGUUUUUACAUGAGUUUUACGUUUAUUUCGGUUGGGAUCACAGUGAUCCAUUACGUUUCUGCCUCAGGUUUCAAUACUGAUUUUCUGUAUAAUGAUGCUGUUUGUGUGAAAUUUGUGCAUACUGAUAAUGUUUAUUCACACGUGUAAAGGAUUUGCUUUAUGAUUUGAUUUUUAGGCUAUCAAAUUGCGUUUUUGAAUGUAUUGUAAAAUAAUUCCUUACAAACGAUAUUUUAUUUUGAUUUUCUAGUUUGGAAACUGUAUCAAAGCACAAACUUAUUGCAUCUAAAUUAUGUUGUCUGAAAUGACUGAUGAGGGUGAGUGAUUUUAUGUUCGAGAACAACAAAAUAAAGAGGGGCAAAGAUGACUUUGCACUACAGGGCUGUCAUCAAACUAUCUUUCAUUUCACUGUUUUUCAGAAUUGCUUCAUUAUGUUUCAUUUUAAGCAGAUGUAAAAUAACAAAAAAGAAUAAAUGAGAGCUUUGAACAA